AUGGGAAACAACAUUUCCAACUUUACCGAUAUUGCAGCCAUCGGAAACUAUGUGAGCGAGCUUGGCGAUGUCAGUUUUGAGAAAAAUUUGGGGAAAGCUCGUUUCAUGAAGACGUUACGUGGCAAACACAGUGAUGGCUAUGUGGUAAUCAAACUGUACAUCAAACCUGAAUCUGGCCAGAAUCUAGCCAAGCAAGUGAGAAAGAUCAAAGAGGAAUACAAGGCAUUGAAAGAUGUACCCAAUGCCUUUUAUUUCCAAAGAGCCAAGGAGACAGACCGUGCUUCUUACCUUGUUCGACCUUAUCUCUACAGUAGCCUCUAUGAUCGCAUCAGCACUCGGCCAUUCCUCACUACCAUUGAAAAAAAGUGGAUCGCCUAUCAGCUACUGAGAGGAAUUGCAGAUUCGCAUGCAAAGAACGUAUACCACGGCGACAUUAAGACUGAAAAUGUACUUGUAACAUCAUGGAACUGGGCCUAUUUGGUGGAUUAUGCAUUUUACAAGCCAACCUACCUACCUGAAAACAACCCUGCCGACUUUUCCUUCUUUUUCGAUACAUCCCACCGAAGAACCUGCUACAUUGCCCCUGAGAGAUUCUACAAGGCAGGCACUGACAUUGAUCAAAGAAUGAAAAAGAUGACCGACAAUGACUUUACGAGUGAAUUGACGCCUGAAAUGGACAUAUUUUCAGUUGGAUGUGUGAUUGCAGAGCUAUUUCUCGAGGGGACACCGCCAUUUACACUGCCACAGUUAUUCAAGUAUCGCAGCGGUGAGUACAACCCCAAUGUGGGUCUGGAUCAGAUUGAAGACGACACUAUUCGAGAGAUGGUCAAGCACAUGAUACAGAUCGACCCAGCAAAGCGAUACUCUGCGGAAGAAUACUUGACACAAUGGCAUGGAAAGGCAUUUCCUCACUAUUUUUACUCGUUCUUAUACCAGUACAUGAGCACCUUUGUCGAGAAAUUCGAGCAUCAACCACCCACACAGCCGCAAUCCAAAAUCAUGUCUGAAAUCUCAGCAGCGUAUCCAAACGCAAGCAGCCGAAAAUUGACAGAUGCGGAUGGCAAGAUUGAGCGCAUGUUUUAUGAUUUUGAAAAGAUCAUGUACUUUAUCUCGGUGCCGUGCCAAGAGGUACAUGAUGCCGAUGGACGCAAAAAGAGGAACAAUUCGAUGACAGCGUCGUCUAUCCUCCUUCCACCUACAUCCAAUAUACCCAACUACGCUGCUCAAGGUACUUCUUUUGAUGACGAUGAUUCACCAGAUGCUACACAUACGCCAGAUGAGGAGGGAUCGCUGAUACUGCUGUCUUAUGUCUGUUCGUUACUGCGAAACACACUGUAUCCAAGCUCAAAACUCAAGGCAAUGGACAUUCUGUUAGCUUUGGCAGAGAGACUUCCAGAUGACGUGAAAUUGGAUCGACUUGUGCCUUAUCUGGUGGAGCUACUCAAAGACAAUGCGACACUCGUAAGAGCUAAUGCCAUCAAGACAUUGACCAAAGUGCUCUGCAUGGUCGAAUCCAUCUCUCCCAUCAAUGCCCGCAUUUUUCCUGAAUACAUUAUACCCAGCAUCGAACUGUUUGCACGAGACGAGGAUGUACUUGUGAGAUUGACCUAUGCCAGUUGCAUUGCCUUGUUGGCAGAGACAGCACUACGAUUUUUAGAAAUGACCCAACUGUUGAAAGCAGACAACAUAUACCCUCAUCACCAAGACAUUGAUUCGGAAGACCUUGAUUUCGAGUCUGCUUAUGAUACCUCACUUGAAGAUCUGCAUACCACCAUUCAAAGCCAAACAAGCGUUCUACUGGCAGAUCCAGAGAGCUCUGUCAAGAGAGCACUGCUCACCAAUAUCACUUGUUUGUGUGUCUUUUUUGGCAGGCAGAAAGCAAAUGAUAUUCUCCUGAGUCAUAUGAUUACCUAUUUGAACGAUAAAGAUUGGAUGUUGCGAAGUGCAUUCUUUGAAAGUGUCAAAGGCGUAGGCACGUUUGUUGGCUCCAAAAGCUUGGAAACUUACAUUUUACCAUUGAUGGUGCAAUCACUUGCAGAUGCCGAGGAAUUUGUGAUUGAAAAUGUGCUCAAUUCACUGACAAGCUUGUCUGAUCUUGGUUUGUUUCAAAAAAUGAAGAUUUGGGAGCUUACAAGUAUCAUCUGGCCCUUGAUAUGCCAUCCAAACACCUGGAUUCGAAAUGCAGCUGUAGGGUUCAUUUCAUCCAGCGUUAAACACUUGCCCAAGACAGAUCUUUGGUGCAUUAUCUACCCCAUGAUCAGGCCCUUUCUGCGCUCUGAUAUUGCAGAGGUCAAUGAAGAAUCGUUACUGCAGAAUAUAGAGACACCUAUAUCCCGCCAAGUCUAUGAACAAGCCAUUCUUUGGGCCACCAAAGCAACCGUCAAAUCCAAAUUCUGGAAGCAGCAAAUCAUCAAGCCUGCUAAAGAUGUAAGCUCUUCUUCAAAGUCAUCUCGCAUGGGAGCAACAGAGAAUCCACUGCAAGCUGUCAUGCUCAACAGCACCAUGAACAACAGUGACUACAAUGAGACGUCGACAGAAGAUGAGGUGUUUUUGGAGAAAUUGAGAAAUCUAGGCAUGACCAUUGAGGAAGAGGAAAAAUUGCGCUACAUGCGAGACUUUAUAUACAAGGCAUCCAAAUCUAAACUAAGUCGACCCAAGAUGGACAACGAUGCCAAUGCAAAGAAGGGCGAUAUUCAGCUCAAGAACCUCAAUAUCACGCCUCACACUGCCUUUUUGCCCGACUUGUCCAACAAACGCACAUCGCAAUACAAGAAGCAGCAUGCGCUACCCAAGAAACUAGACAGAGCGAAAUCAGCCAUGGCUCCCACGACAAGUCUUGGCACGUCAUUGCGAGAGGAUCUUUGUAAAUUAAACCGAAUCGCUAGUCAACCUCAUGUUCAAGCCAUUUCUCCCAACAUCGUUGACAAGGAAAACCACAAUCACCAUGAAAGGUCAUCCUGUAUUCCUAUCAAAGGCAGUAGCAGUAGUAGUCAUUGGCCUCUGCAUUCGCCUAUUCCAAGUCCCUCAGACUACAGCUUUGGCACCAGUUUACCUAGAAGUUUGGAAAGACCAAAGAGUAUCAUUUUAACAAUGGAAGCUAUCAAGAAUAAGCAUGGCAAGAUUGAGCCUGUUGAAUUGAGUAUCAUAUCGCAUAGCCUUAAGAGCAAGGCAAAAAAUAACGCUGACGAGGCUGAUAAAUCAACACCUCCUCUCGAAGUGAGCUCUAUUGGAUACGCCCAUUUGCAAAAGCUCUUUGACAAGACGGCCAUGGAAGCAUUCCCAGCUCUCAUUACCGAGUUCUCGGAGGACGCUUUACUCUCCAAUCGACUCAAAAAGCUGACGUCGGUAUGGGCAUUGAAUGUGCCUAGCAAGUGGAAACCAGAAGGCAAUUUGGUCGCUCAUUACACGGAGCACACAGCAGCCAUCAACCAACUUGAUAUUUCAUUUGACCGUCUGUUGUUUGCCUCGUGCUCUGAUGACGGCUCUGUGAGGAUUUGGGAUUGUUCUCGCUUAGAGAGAAACGUAACAAAUCGAUCGCGUGCAACCUAUAGUCAGCAGGGAGGACGUAUCAAGUGCUUGACAUUCAUACAAGAUACACAUUCCAUUGCUGCUGCUUCUGACAAUGGUAGUAUCCAUGUGUUUCGGGCCGACAUUCAAAGUGGCAGUAUACCGCUUAAAUUUGGUAAAUGCAUCCCACUAAGAGAGUAUCAACUGGUGGACGAGUAUGCUCUGAUUUUGAAGCACUUUACAAGCAACGCCUCUAAUACAAUGAAGGGCGCUAAAUCUAUGCUGAUGUUUGCCACUACACAAUGCCGUAUCUACGCACUGGAUCUACUCACAAUGGAGAUACUGUGGAAAUUGCAAAAUCCCAAAAGUCAUGGUGUCAUUACUUCCAUGGUCACUGGCCCCAAGCAUACAUGGUUGUUGGUAGGCACCAUGCGAGGUAUUUUGACAUUGUAUGAUCUUCGAUUCCAGAUUCCUCUCAAGUCAUGGCUUCAUCCCAGCAAAAGCCGCAUCAGCUCCUUAGUGUUGAUCACAGACCCUCGCGAUUAUGAUAGACAUUUGGUGAGAAUUGCAUCCGGUCGCAACGAAAUUUCUACCUGGGAUAUCGAGCAUUUGACUUGUCUGGAAGUGUUUGCUGUGAAAUCCGGUGAUGAAAAAACAGCUGGUGUGUUUGUGGAAUCGUACAAGGCCUUGGAAGUACCCACGGAUACCGCUAUUUUAUCCAGCGCUUUUACUAACAAUGAAUCUAAUUUGGUUGAAAACUCGAUUCGUGCUAUCAUCUCGCCAAAGGAGAGCCAUUUCAUGAUUACUGGUGGCACAGACCGUAAAAUUAGGUUCUGGGAUACGGCAAGAAUUGAGAAUUCAUGCGUUGUAUUGGGAUUAGACAUGGAAGAACCCAAACCAAGAUACAGUACCAAUGUCUAUGACAAGAUGAAGGUUUUCUUCGAGUUUACUCAGGUCAACCGCAACAACAACCAACAGGUGGCCAAUGUGGGAAGCCGUACCAGCUUCAGUGCAAACCCAUCGAGUAGUAACAAUGUCAUCACGCAACAGCAUUACUUGAUGAGGAAUCAUACCGAUGCCAUUACAGACAUUAUCGUCACGGCAGCACCCUACCCCAUGAUCAUCAGUGGUGAUAGAGAUGGUGUUAUCAAGAUUGUGUCAUAA